AGACAAGUUGGGCGUUGCAACGCUGAUCCCCCGCUGCGGGGACUUUAGAGGCGAUGGCGCUAUCGGAGACCAGCGCUCCGACGAACGACCCCUCGCCCGGCUAGCAAUUGCCAUCCCGACCGUCUAAUUGGCGCUCCGCGUAACGGGUAUUUCAUGCUUGUAGCUCUCUGAAGCCGCCAUAGACUCCAACAUCGGUCCUGCAUCAUGUCCACCGCCACUGCAACCAUCGAAAAGGUCCAAGCCGUCCAUGAACUGAAGACGGAGCAGCCCAAGGUACAGGGGAACAAAGACACCUACUACGAUCAGGUUCACUUCCUCGGCGACAAAGAAGGGAAGGUUGUCAUUCGCUCUCCGCCCAAAUUCGACAACAUCGAGGAUGAGCGCACAUACCAGAAGCGGCAUCUCGCUGCGGCGUUCCGUGUUUUCGCACGGCAAGGUUUCGAUGAAGGCGUCGCGGGCCACAUCUCACUGCGUGACCCUCUGAACCCGGAGCAUUUCUGGAUCAAUCCGCUCAGCACCCACUUCUCGCGGAUCCGGGUCAGUGACCUGGUGCUCGUCAACGAACACGGCGAGGUGCAGCCAGGUGGCGCGCAGAGUGCCAUCAAUGGGCCUGCAUUUGCCAUCCAUAGUGAGAUCCACAAAGCAAGGCCAGACCUGAACGCUGCCUGCCACGCGCACGGCGUCUAUGGCAAGGCCUUCUCUUGCUUCGGCCGCCCGAUCGAAAUGCUUUAUCAGGACGCUCUCCGCUUCUACAAUGAUCUUGCUGUGUACCCACGAUAUGGCGGAACCGUCAUCAGUACGGAGGAGGGCGCGCGGAUUGCGAAGGCCAUGGGAUCAUGCCGCAGUGUCGUUCUGCAGAACCACGGGAUGAUCACCUGUGGUGCUACUGUGGAUGAAGCAGCCUUCUUGUUCAUUGCCCUGGAGAGAUGUUGCCACGCACAGAUGAUGGCUAAUGCUGCCAGUGGCCCAGGCUGGGAGAAGAUUAUGAUCCCCAAGGAAGAGGCCGAAUUCACACACAAGAAGAGCGGGAACUCAGGCAAGAUGUGGCUCGCUUUCCAGCCAUAUUUCGACCAGGUGGCUGCAGAAGAUCCAGAUGUGUUUGAUUGAGUCGUUUGCGCAUGGCGAGAGUGAGGUCAGAGAUAUGA